AUGAUUCAACAUCGCGUACAGGCACAACUCUCAAAUACUCGCGGCGUCCAGCACCCGUAUCCUUCGUUCGAUGACAAUGAUGACGACAAUAACAACAGCGGUGACAUUGACAAUAAUGAGCGAACACUAGUGGCCCGAUCCGACGAGAAGGAGCUAAAACCAACGUAUAUGAUAAGCAUAUUUCACGACUACAUGCGCCCAUCCAACCAACCGCACAAGAUUGCUAUACAAGAACACCAGCUACAAGGAGACGACGAUGAUGAUGAUAGCAACAGUGAGCAAUCAUUACUAGAACGCGCACUGGAUACGCUCAACGAACAGAUGCAAAUUAUCCUUCACGAAGAAUUCGAGCACGAGGCACCCAUGGAAGAGCAUUUUCUGGUCUAUACGGUUUUGUUCACGCUCACAGCACUUGGCAAGGAAUUAAUUGCAUUGAAAAAGCAAUCGAGUGACCUGAUCAAAAAGAAAAGGACACGAUGGAGUCUGUUUGGUCCCCAGGUUUCCUUGCGACAGUGGUUGGCCCGGGCACCGCCAGGCAACCAUACGAUGGAAGAACAAUUCAUGCUAGAUGAGCGAAUCAAGGAGUUUGAACAACAAGAACACCACGACGAGGUGGAGGAGGAUAUUCAUCAACAACGACAAGAGAAACAAGUUCCACUGCAACAUGCACCCGGUAGACACUUUUGGAAUCGGUGGUUGUAUCGUCUGAGCAAGUUUUUACAAUACGGACCAACACGUUAUGCUCUAAAGUUCACGGUGACGGCCGAAUUACUGGCACUCAUGGCCUGGCUCCCUAUUCCUGGGGUCAACUUUUUGUACGACUGGGCAUUACUCUCAGCCAUGGUAGUAUCAAAUAUGACCAUUGGCGCAACAGCACUCCAGUGUUUCUUUCGGAUCAUUGCUACUGUCAUUGGCGCUGUCUGUGGCUAUAUCGUGCUAUUGGCAGCUGAGCGAAACACAAACCUUUACGCGCUCGCUGUUAUGGUCUUUGUAUUCCAAGUACCCAUGUGGUACGUUCAUCUCGGCACACGGUAUCCACGGAUCGGUAUGAUCUCACUUUUGACGAUGGCAGUGAUUGUAUCAGCUGGCUACACAGACCUGUUCAACGAGACGCUUAUCGAGCCACUGUGGAAGCGUAUACUGACAGCAGUAGCUGCUGUCCUUGUCGUGAUGGCCGUCGAACAAAUCAUGUGGCCAACGUGGGCGCGUAAAUUGUUGCUCUGUCACCCCAGUCAAUUACUCGUCAACACGGGUAUCCAGUAUGCUCAGGUGACGUCGCUGGUAUGUCAUGACAACACGUUGUCGCCGAGUUACAUGCAAACGCAUCAACGGCCCUCUGUAGCGCAGCACAGGCUGCAGCAGCAACUUGCUGAAACACAGCAAAUGCUUGGAUUGGCAGCGACGGAAGCAAGACCGACCAAGGGACCGUUUCCUAUCGAAGAACAUAGAAAGAUGAUUGAUCUGGAAAAAAAGACCCUGUUAUGGAUCCAGCAUGUACUUGAAGCGCAGAGGAUGAUCACACCUACUGUCCGUAAACAGAUUGUGGCGCCAAUGGCCACAUACCGCAAAGACAUGGCUGCCGUGGUGCAUUUAUAUUUGUAUACAUUGGCCGGAUCCAUACGCACUCGCACAGAGUUGCCUGCCACCAUGCCUACGGCUGAGCUGGCACGACAAAUGCUACAUCGUGAGCACCUGACCAACUGGCAAAGCAAGUAUCCGAGCCUAAUGCCAGAUCGGACGAAUUUUGAAGCAUUAAUACACUGGCACACUUGUGCUGCAGGCACCGUGGAAACUAUAUCACUUCAGGAAGCCAUUUCCGAACGAGUGGCUGCCCUUAUGGGACGACGACAUUUGUUUCAGUUGUAA